GCUAAAUACUUACCUUUCAAGCCCUGAUGUUUUCUGGCACGCCAACUCUGCACCCGAGAGGCACGAAAUAAAUGCUUCUUCGUUCUGAGAUUUCGUGACGAUUCCAAAAAAGUCUCUUAGUUAUCAUUGCGACUCUAUUCUGGAACAACAGAAGAGUCAGACUCAGCUUUGGAACAAAUCUGACAUUGAGGAGGCCUGCUCGUGCCAACAACAACAACCACAGUCACCACAGCUUUUGCUACUAUUUGCCCAUUGAGAGGGCAACUAGAGAACAAAAAAAGUGCCUCAGUUCCAAGACAGUCGGCAAGGACGACCAGAGCUGCCAAAGAAGGCACAUAAAGUUGUUUUCCCUCCACAUUGUGCGUAGAAAAUAGCUCCCGAACGAAUGCAUUACCAUUUUUGGAUCUUAGUGGAGGGGUCCAAGUGGAAGAAGGGACAACGAACACCAACUCCACCGUCGCCACAACCAAUAGAACCGUACCAAGAGUUCAUGAAGGGCUUGGCUUAAUUGCCCUUAGCCUCGAAUCGGUACCCUGACAAGACCUGGACACGAGCAAUAACAGGCCUCCUCUCAUUUUGGCGUGUUGUGUUCUCAAUGUCCCUUGGAACCAUGUGACUUUAUGAGUGAAAACCGCCUGCUUCAGUUUUUAAAAUAAGCAAGCAAAGGGAGUCAUUAUUGAUUCGGCAGGUGCUUUUUUACCCCGGACUGUCUCUGUUGGUCUGUCAACUUUAACUUGGGUGAAGCCAGUCGAUAGGAUCGGUGUACAAGGGUGGUUUUUUGGUAGGUGGUGAAUUAAAACCCAUCAGCAGUGCUAACAUGAAUGACCAUCCGAGACUCACAGCAGUGUUUGCCAGACUUUCGUUUGGUCGGACAAGUGGCAAGAAACCUGCUCGGAAAGCCACUGACAAUCCCAAGUGGGAGAAACGACUGCAGAAGGAAUUGAUGGCCAUCAUGAAGGACCCGCCCGAUGGGAUCACCGUCUCCCAGGACACUCUCGAAGGCAGUGAUUUGUCGCAAAUUUGUGUCAACAUGACAGGUCCCAGUGGCACCCUGUAUGAAGGGGAGGCGUUCAUGCUCAGGUUCAAGUUCGGUCCCAAGUAUCCGUUCGAUUCCCCCGAGGUGGUGUUUACGGGGGAGAAUAUUCCCGUUCAUCCACACAUUUACAGCAACGGACAUAUCUGCCUCUCCAUUCUGACGGAAGAUUGGAGCCCGGCCAUGUCGGUGCAAUCGGUUUGUUUAUCCAUCGCUUCAAUGCUGUCCUCAUGUAAAGAAAAGAAACGCCCGCCGGACAACUCAUUCUACGUGAAGACUUGUCACAAGAACCCCAAGAAGACUCGUUGGUGGUACCAUGACGAGGAUGUGUAGAGGGCCCUCCUCCUUGUCCUCCUCCUUUGUCCCUAAGAAGACCAGAAGAAGAUGAAGAAGAAAAACAUGGCAACCUCUGGCAUGUUCAAAGAAGCCUUUGAGUGAGCAGUCGUCUUGUCGACGUAGGAGCAACAGACUAACCAAAGAAAACACGUUUCUUUCGCUCAAAAACCAUUUUAUGUUUGUGAUAUGUAGGUUUAACGAAUAAUUUCUUAGCGUAUCCGGUUCCGCUUUCCGAACGAACUGGAAUCGGCUAAUGUACAAUAUGCUCUGUGCAGUGAACGUAUUUCUUCAUUCUGUUAGAGAGUGCCUCAUUUUUAGCCCAACGUGCCAUUUAUUUUCCCAUUCCACAUCGAAAAUUCACACAGAAUAAACCUGUUUCCAUCGGACAAUG